CACAACAUUCCGCAGCACAACUCGGGUCCUACAACACACAAACCCAAGCACAUAGAUAGACAACAUCGACCGAUCGGCAUGGCGCACUUCCAGGAGGUGGAUUACUGCUCGGAGGAGGUGAGGGCGGUGGGCAACCCGGCCCGCCGCGGCGGCGGCGUGCAGGAGCACAUCGUCAAGGAGACGUUCGUGCAGGAGUUCGACACCGCCGGCCGCCACCACGGCCACCACGGCCACCACGGCCGCGGCUCCGGCCACUUCGAGGUGCGCGAGAGCAGGCUCGAGGAGGACAUCAACACCCGCACCGGCGAGUUCCACGAGCGCAAGGAGAACUUCGUCAUCAGGGCCGAUGACUAGGCGUACGUUGUGCUGGUCACACGUACCCAGCAUACUACGAUGUGUAUGCAUGUAAGCAUGUGUGAUGCUGCGCACGGUCGUAUAGCGUAUGCAGGCGUGCGUGUUUGGCGGCUAUCAGCUCCUGUCGUGCGCGCGUGCAUCGCUUCAAUAAGCGCUGAUCGUGAACUAGAAUAAAGCUUCUCGUGAUUGGUAUU